CAGCAGCAUCACGGGCAGCAGCAUCGCCAGCAGCGGCAGCAGUGUCACGAGCAGCACGGGCAGCAGCAUCGCCAGCAGGAGCAUCGCGGGCAGCAGCAGCGGCAGCAGCAUCGCCAGCAGGAGCAUCACGGGCAGCAGCAGCGGCAGCAGCGGCAGCAGUAUCACGGGCAGCAGCAUCGCGAGCAGCAGCACAUGAAGUGUCGCGGGCAGCUGCUGCUUCCCGGGCAGCAGCCGCAUGACGAGCACAAGCUACCUCACGAGCAGCAGCGUCAUGUUCAGCAGCAGCGUCACGGUUAACAACAACAACAAUAGAACCUGA